CACAUGACCUAAUUACAGCAUGGUAGAUGUCUUCAUUACACAAUUUAACCAAUAUGAAUAAAAGCCGAUCCAAUACCAAUUUACCAUUUCACAAGCAUUUGGUAUGAAACAUAAUUAAUCUUUUGGAAUUAGCUAAAACAGCUAAAAUAACGUAUGAUUCUAGCUAGUAGUAUCUAACAAAGAUUAUGUUCUGAAAGUGGGAGAAGGAUAUUAGGAAACCACCUUGCUAGGCAAUAAGAAAUGAAUAUGGAACCCUAUAAUUGGGGGCAUGACCCUCAAACAUGUUUAUUAAAAGCAUAAACCUUUCUAUUAAGUAUAGAUUAUAAGUUAAUUAAGCUGCCACUAUAGAGACCCAACUUAAUUAAUAGAAAAUUCCUUUUGAUUUCAUAGCUGUAUUUCCUACUCCCCUUUUGUCUACCUCACUAGCUAAUAGCUAGUAGUUAGUAGAACCCUUAGAUCUAGGAUCAUCAAAUGUGGUUUCAUUCAUAUAAAGUAUUAAGAAUCGUCAACGAUUCAGUCAAAGCAAAUAUUGAAUCGGUUUCAAACAAAUAUAAUUCGACUGAAGUUUAUUCUCAUUCGUUUUAACGAGAUAAUCAAAUAAUGAGAUAAUCUAAUUUAUAACACCCUUAACAUUUUAUCUAAGUUUUUUUUUUUGCCUAAGAAAUGUCAAGAGAAUAUAACAUUAGAAAAGAAAUAACACAUCCUUACACCCUCCAAAACAAAAACUUGCACUAACCAGACUACAAAUGACUAUCUUGAAAAAAAGGAAAUCAAUAGAGCUUCACGUAUGCCUCUACGGGAAGUCUAGAAUGUGGCUAGACGAACCGCCCUAAAGACUAAAGAACCUACUACUACUACUACUACCAAAGAACCAAAGAUUGCAGCCAAAUUGGCAUCAUUGACUGCAAGAAGUGUUGCACGGAAGAGCGGAAAAUGCACCAAGGAUGGAAACCUGACAUCAAUCUCACAUGCUCGUUUGAGUCACUAAGAGCCAAACAUGACGAGCAUUUAGAAAGUGGUAGGAUGAGAAUUUGCAAUCCCCCUCCUCAAACAUUAAAUUCAAACUAAAAAAAAUUAUUAGAGUAUGCUAUUUUCAAUCCCUACUCACUAUAAACCCUGACCUCACCAUCGAAUGUAAUCCGAAUCGACUUGAUUUCAUACCACCUUUUCUUAACUUAUGUAGCAUUCCAAACCCUCUCUUGGAAUUAGACACAUUACUCGACCACUUCUUCAUUAGCUAAGUUGGCCUUUCACAACUGAAAAACAAACAUUUCUCAUAUAUAUGUAUUGUUUUUCCAUUUUUGUUACCAUGAUCAUUAUCUUCCUUCUCGUAGCAUCAAAUCCUAUUUCCCAUAUUGUUUAUUCACAUCUAAUCCUUUGUACCUUCACAUUAUUUAAAUUAUUUUAUGUAUUUUGUAUUUUGUUUUUUAAUUUAUUAUUUUAUGUAAUUGCCAAAUCUUUUCCCCACCUUUUAUUAUAUUCCCAUACAUCUAAUUAAGGGAAAGCCACCAAACAAUAAAAUAGAAAAAAUAAUAUAUAUAAAUACAUAAAGAAUUAUUUUUAAAAACCCACCACCAUUUCCCUUCUCAUCCCACCAUCCCAUCAUUUCCUUUUCCCCUCUUCUGACUUCCGUCCAUGGCCGCCAUCUCCAUUUCUUCACCUCCUCUCUUCGCUUCCUUCUCCUUGUAACCCCCAACCACCAAUCCGCCGCCGCAGCUGCCACCGCGGCAGCGAUCAAUAAAUUCAACCCCCUUUCCUCUCUGUCAUACCACCGGCGCAAGAUGAAAAUCCAGUGCGACGUCUGCAACAAGGAGGAAGCGGCGGUGUUCUGCACCGCCGACGAGGCGGCGCUAUGCGACGGGUGCGAUCGCCGGGUCCACCACGCAAACAAGCUCGCCUCCAAGCACCUCCGUUUCUCCCUCCACGUUCCUUCUUCCCCGAAAUCCUUCCCUCUUUGCGACGUCUGCCAGGAUAAACGGGGGUUCCUGUUCUGCCAGCAGGACAGGGCGAUCUUGUGUCAGGAUUGCGACGUCCCAAUCCACACGGCCAACGAGUUCACAAAGCAGCACAGCCGGUUUCUCCUCACCGGAGUGAAGCUCUCCGCCACUUCCGCUCUCUACACCUCCCCUGCCUCCUCCGACACCGUAGAUCACUUCCCCUGCACUAAGACUACCACGACUAAGCCUCACCCUCCGCCUACUGUGCCGCCACAGCCUGCGAAAAAGCCAGUGUCACUGUCGACCAACCCUGGUCCUAAUUCAAUCGCCAAGACCUUAUAUUCUUCGAGCAACAACGUACCCAUCAAAGUCGGGGGUAACAGUUCUAACAACAAUAACAACAACAAUAGCUGGAGCAAUAAUAUGUUGGUGGCAGGGGAAGGGUUUGGUGCACCGGCUACGAGCAGUAUUUCAGAGUAUUUGAUCGAGAUGCUCCCUGGUUGGCACGUUGAGGAUUUUCUCGAGAACCCAUCAACCCCUUUUGGUUUCUGCAAGCCUGGUGAUCAUGAAGCUCUACCUCCUUUUACCGCCGGCAGCGAUCUGAUGAGCUCCUUCUCAUCUGAAAGCUCGGGGAUUUGGGUUCCGCAGGCGCCACCAACUCCUCAUCAAUACCCAUCUCUUCAAAAUCAGGAGCAUUAUCAGCAAUUCGGGAUGCAGAAUGGGUACUUCAACAAGGAAUCAAAGGAUCAUAAUCAGGCAGGGAACGGCAAAGCAAACAGAAGGUGGACUAUGGAAGAUGUAUUCACUGUUCCUCAGAUCAGCCCACAGUCCACCGGUUCCAAGAGAUCAAGACCCUUAUGGUAGUAGAGAACUGCAAACAAAACUUCAGCAGCAAGCUUUCCGCUUUUGUAGUGGUUUCUUUUUCGUUUGAUCAUUUGGGGUUUUCAAAAGUAUGAGUGGGUGCCUUUUUCUCGAGUCUUGUUGUUCUUUUGGGUCAGUUUUGUUCUUUCUUUCUCUUUUUCUUGUUGAGGUGCAGGGCUUUCAUUUUAAGAUCGAUCAUUUGGUGUUGUUGUAGCAGUGAAGUAGUACAGUUAGUUGCAUAAAAGAUCUGUAAAUACACGGGGAAUGGAGGUGGAGACCUUUUGUUGUUACUUUUCUAUUACAGCAACCAAUUUGUUGGGGUGGAGAAUCCCAGAAUCUUUGGCUGAGAUGAACUUCCACUAAACCCACUAAGCCAGGGGAACAAAAGAGGAGAUGCAAGUUGUCCUAAGGGGUGUGUGUUUCGAUCCAAUUCAGAACAGACAGGUGAUGGUUGUGGACAGUGAAUACAAUAAAGGUGAAGCUAAUGAGAGAGACAGAGUGAUGGGUGGUUUUGUUUGGUAGUGGAAGGGAGCACAACUUCCAUGGUGGCAGAGUGGGCAAAGAAAGAAAGAAGAAAGCUAUAUAUUAAGCGUUUUUGUUAAAGCUAGCCCAAGGUGGCAGAGUGGGCACUCCAAGGUCCCAAAUCUAUCAGUUGAGAUCGAAUUCAUCCAAGUAUGGGAGUUCUGCAGGCCUGUAGUUUGUUCCCAUCUUUUGCUGGUUGUCAUUUUUCAGUGAUGAAGAUAUUGUAGUUUAGUGAUGGGAUGUUUCCUUAAUCCUAUGUUUCUUGAGGAAAAAAGUGGGUAUGUUACUUUUGAGGAAAAUAUUUGAGGAGUGGAAAGUAAAUCAUUUUAGGUACUAUCAAGUAGGAAUGUGUAAAUGGUUAUAUUUAUCUAAAUUAGGAUAAAUAUGUUCUUAAGGUUCAUUUCUUCAUCUCUUAUCUCGAAACUCUUUUCAAUCUUGAAUACACAUUUUUUUACCUCUCAAAUUAUGAGUUGUUUGUAACUUGUUUUGUCACAUUAUUCUGGCAAUGUUAAAAGCACCUAAACAUCCUAAGAAUAAAGAAACUUCAAUAUUACAGCUUCGACAAAGCUUGUAAAGGAGAUCAUGGAUUGUAAGCAUAUGUGGCUAGAUCCCGAAUCUUCAUUAAGAUUUAGUGGAUUAAGAUUUUCGAGUUAAGAGCAUUUAAGCCCUCAUAUUGACCCAAGAAAAUAAGGCUGAAACACAUCUUAUCGUUCCAAGCCAAUCCCCCCACAAGUUGGUCCCCUCGUAGAAGAGGCGGACAUUAUUUUUCAAAACCCUAAUAUCUCUGUUCUUCGAGUCUAAUUCUUCACUAAUUUGAGCAUCAAAAUUUCAAUAUCGAAAAACAUCAAUAUUUGCCUUGUUUUGCAAAGAGGAUCACUUAGGUAUCCGAAGAGAAAUUGGAGAAGGUUGAUUCAAGAAUUAUGGAGAUUCGAAGCAAACCAUAAAUUAAAACCCGUGCCCUAAUGGCAACCAACCCCACAUCAAUAGAUACAUUAACGAAUCUAUUGUUGUCAAAAGUGAUCUAGGGUGAAAUUCUAUUCACAUUUUCAUUUGCUUUAUUCAUUGUUGAUUAUUGAUUAUUAUGUGAAACAUCAGUUAGUCUUAUAAUUCUAAUUAUUGAGUAAAUUCUAACUAUAAAUCUUAUACGAGUUUCUUAUAUGUACCCUUAACAUAAAAAGAAACCACGAUAUUAAAGUUUACACAAGCCUAUGCAUGCUCCAAUGAGGGAAAAAGUUGUUCUAAUUUCAUGUUCUUUUGCUCUCAAAUUCAAGUAUGGAAUUUCAAUUGAGUUGGACUAAGUUGUACUUGUGUGUCACAUUAUUAAUUGGUGUGGUACAAGUUGCUCAUUUAUUUGGUAGAGAUCGUGUUCUUGUUGUGGACAUGGUGGUGGUUGGCACUUGCCGUGGGACUGCCCGACAAUUGGCAAACCAUGGAAGAGCUCAAGAGGGUAAUCAUUUUUAUCAUUAUGUUGGAAUGAUUGGAUUUCUUUUUUGGUAACCAUAAUGAUGAUUAUUGGUCAACCGGAUGCCCUGUAUUUGUUGCAAAGAAUUUGACAAGUUCCCUUUCGUUUCAUUUCAUUUCAUUUCAUUUCAUUCCCCACUUUCUUUUCAGCAGAUAAUUAAUUUCAACGAACGCAAGGAAUUAUCCUCUUCUAAGGUGGAAAACCAUAAUUAAACAGAACAUUUUGGGAGGAAAGUGUAGAAAAUUGAAAAGGCCACAAGGCAACGUUUUGUGAAAUUGAUGUGCUUAUAGUUCGUACAGUCUUCUACUACUGAAGGGAUUCGAAACUAGGACCUCCAGAUUCAAAACAAGAUAUGUUUUCUUUUACAAUGUUGAUAGCUGAAGAUGGUUUUAUAAAUAUGAAUUUUUAACAUGUCAUAUACCAUUGGAUCUCCCUGAAACAUAAAUAUCCUACACAUACAAUGGCGGAGGCAGAAAUCUGAGUGAGGAGGGGGGCUAAAAAUUUGCGUUCAAGCGAUUGGAACCCAAGAGGGGGCUAAAGGGCAAAAGGAUUACCACCUACUCUAUUAUCCAAAUUUGUUAUAAACCUUACACGCAAAUUUACACAAUUUUAAGAGUUGAGGUGGACUAUAGCCCCUCCUGGCUAUAACGUGCUCCACCACUGUACACCAUAUGGAUAUAACCCAAUUCUUUCAUUUAACUGAAAGUUGUUCUUUAACAUCAACCCCAUAUUAUAGUAAAAAGGCUUCUCUAAAAAAAAUUUAUAUGUACGUAAAUGGCUGUUGAUGAAUGUUUUUAUAAGGCCAAACAAACAGCCCAUAUGUCUUGGGGGAGAAGUACCUGGAAAUGGCAAACUAAGUACUGGGCCAACGGCUGACAGUUAGCUAUGCCUGCACUUGAUUCACUGUCGAAGUAAUACACGACCCCAAGAAACAUGAGUGGACUUGGUGUUUUGAUGGGAAAAUCAACAAGUGAAGUGGAAGUGAUGGCUCGUAGUACAAACAUUAAUAAGGUGAAAGGAUCUCUUCAUCAUUCCCAACCCAACCCAACCCAACCCAUCAAACUUUUGGGACUUUCAGCUUUGUGGCCACCGGAAAGUGCCAACGACUGACUCAGUGUGAGAGUGAGAGUCUCUUAAAUUCAUAUAUGUACUUACGUUUGCAUGGCAUUCAUUGAUUCAUGGUCACGUACAUGUACCCCGUACCUGUACUACAUAUUGUGGUGAGUGGCGGAACCACGUUGGUGGUAGCAUGAGAAUGUGUUCAUAAGGUGCUUCUAUGAGAAUGUGUCCAGUGGCGGAUCCAGAAAUUUUACAUAGGGAUGUCCUCUCCUAAAAAUUAAAUUAAAUUAAUAAUUAAAUAAAAAUAUCCGAUUUGUAUGAAAUACAACAAAACACAUGAAGUGUUCGUAUUUUGAAAAAAUUAUAAAAUACUAUUGUUGUC